AUCAGUCUCACUGUGCUCUACAAAGUAGAGCUCCAUUCGAAACGUUCUUCAUUUUUACACCUCUUUUUCCCACACAUUAGCUCACAAAACAUUUUUCCACCUUUUUUUUCUCUCUUCAUUCUUCCGAUCACACCGCAUUUUCCAUCGAGGUGCGCAGAAAAAUCGAGCGAUCCGCGAAUCGUUCACAGUGAUCCUCUUACAGUGCCGUUCAUCCCCUAAAUUCCUCUGCGAAUGAAAAUGAAGGCAUUCGCAGCCCUCCUCGUUGUGGUGACUCUGGCUGCUGGAGCAACGGCCACAGCUCAACCAGACUGUAUUCACGGAGACUCAGUGGGAUACUCCUACCCAGCCCCUUCAGUUCAACUCAGUGUAGCCCCAGCUGUGAAGUAUGCUUCAGUGGGCCCAUCCUACAGUGCCUACAGCGCAGGUCCAGCUUACGCUUCCUACUCUACAGGACCAGCUGUUAAAGUGACAAAUGUUGUGCCUGGAUACAGUGCUCAUGCCUACACUCCUGGCGUCACAUACGCCAAGACAGCUGGAGUGGUCCUUGCUGACCAAUCUCCAUCCUCCAAAUAUGCCGCUGUGGCUCCAUCUGGCUAUGGAUAUGCCACAAGUGCUGGCCUCUCCUCCUACACAUCAACAGCUGGAGUAUCAACAUAUGCCGCAGCUCCAGUGGCUAAAGUGGCCGUAGCUGCUCCGGCUGUGACUUAUGCUACCGCUGCCCCAGCCAUUGCUACCAAAGUUGCCUAUGCCGCUCCUGCAGUCUCCUAUGCUACUGCUGCCCCAGCUGUCUCCUACGCAACUGCUGCUCCAGUUGUAGCAGCUAAAGUGAGCAGUGCCUACCUCCCUCCUGUGACCAAAUACUCCACAGGACCCGCCUACGCUUCAUAUGUCUCCUCCCCAGGAUACACCAAGGUUGUCUCAGCUCCUGCUGUUUCUUACGCUACAGCCGCCCCUGCUGUCUCCUAUGCAUCUGCUGCUCCAGUUGUAGCCAAAGUAAGCAAUGCCUACCUCCCUCCAGUUACAAAGUACGCCACAGGACCUGCCUACUCCUCAUACGUUUCCUCCCCUGGAUACACCAAGGUUCUGUCAGCUCCAGCAGUUUCCUACGCCACUGCUGCUCCAGCUAUCUCCUACUCCGCCCCUCUGGCUAAAGUAGCCACCUACGCCCCAGCCGCUAAAGUUGUAGCUCCUGCUGUGUCUACUGCCUACGUAUCAGCUCCUCAAGUUGCCACCUACGCUUCUCCAGUUGUAUCCAAAUACGUCUCAGCUCCAGCUGUGGCUUCAUACGUAUCAGCUCCUGCCAAAGUUGCCACCUACGCUGCUCCUGCUGUUUCCUACUCCUCAGCUCCUGCCGUUUCUACAGCCUAUGUUUCAGCACCAGCUAAAGUUGCUACCUACGCUCCUGCAGCUAAAGUCGUCGCUGCUCCUACUUAUGCCACUUACUCAGCUGCUCCUGCUGUCUCAAGUGCCUAUGUCUCUGCUCCAGUUGUUUCCAAGGUUGCCUAUGCAGCCCCUGCUAAAGUUGCCUACUCUGCUGGACCAGCUGUCACCACCUACUCAUCUGGACCUGCUUUCAGUAAGCUCGUGGCUACACCAUCUGUAGCUACUUACGCUGCCCCAGCCUACAGCAGUGUCAGUGUUGGACCCUCUGUGGCAUCCUACCAUGCUGGCCCAACAGUGGCUUCCUACACAGCUGCCCCGGUUGUCAGCAAAGUUGUUGCAGCUCCUGCUGUCGCUACCUACUCCCAUGGACCAACUGUUUCUACCUACUCCUCUGGCCCAGCUUAUGCUAGCAAAGUCGUUGCUGCUCCUGCUGUUGCCACCUACGCUUCAGCCCCAGCUUAUGCUAGCAAAGUUGUUGCUGCCCCAGCUGUCUCUUACGCUGCCCCAGCUUACACCAGCAAAGUCGUUGCCGCCCCUGCAGUUUCCUACGCCGCCCCAGCUUAUGCCAGCAAGGUCGUUGCUGCUCCAGCUGUCUCAUAUGCUGCUCCAGCCGUCUCCUACGCCGCCCCAGCUUACACCAGCAAAGUUGUUGCUGCUCCAGCUGUAGCUUCAUAUGCUGCCCCAGCUGUUGCUUCAUACGCUGCUCCAGCAUACAGUAAGGUUGUUGCUGCCCCAGCCGUUGCUUCCUACGCUGCCCCAGCUUAUACCUCAUACGCUGGACAUGGAUAUGGAGGUUACGGAGGAUAUGCAGGCUACGGAGGAUAUGCCGGACAUGGAUAUUACGGUGGCGCUGGAUUGAGAUACGCUGCUGCUGCUCCCGCUGUCACACACUCCGUGGUCCCUGCCGCCAAAGUCGCCUAUGCCGCAGCUCCAGCUGUCGUCAAGACCGUCAGCGAGAAGCACCUCGAAUACUACGAUGACCAUCCUCGUUAUGCCUACGAAUACGGUGUUAACGAUCCCCACACCGGUGACAUCAAAGAAGCCAAGGAGGAGCGCGAUGGUGAUGUGGUCAGGGGUCAAUACUCCCUGGUUGAACCCGAUGGUAAUGUCCGUACUGUGAACUACUACGCCGACUGGGAAACAGGCUUCCACGCACAGGUGACAAACAGCCGCGAUCAGGUGCACGGAGUUGUGGCCAAGAGGGCUGUGAAGGCGUAAGACGUCCGCCGCGGCGACUCACAGUCUCCACAGAUAAGAAGAGAAAAACGCAAAGCCUAGAGCAACCCCCCAUAGAGAUUUCAGAUACUCAAAGUUAAACUUUAAUUUAAUUUAUAGAUUCUUCCUCUAUCUCUCUCUCUCUAUCCUUUCAAUCUUUCUGCAAAUUUAUUUUUUGUCUAUCUGUCUCUCUAUGAAAAGCUAAUCUAAAUAUAAUGUCUCUCUAUGUAAUUGUUAUUUAAGAAUUGAAAAAAAAAACUUCUGUAUAUUAUUUUUUUUUUGUAAAGACACCCAGCAAUUAUUGUCACUGGAACUCACAAGAAACGAUCAAAGAACGUUUCUCCCAACACAGCAAAACCAAUUGGUCCUAAAUCUAUUUGUUACCUUUAUACUUUUCUUAAGCUCCUACUAGUUUUUCUCUUAAUUUAGAACUAUUCUUUUUGAAGAAGAAGAAACAAAACAAAAAACAAAAUGAAGAAAAAAAAAUAGAGAACAAAAUGAAAUCAGCAAAAAGAGAAAAUUAUUUUGCGUGCAUUUGCAUUUGAAAUAUUACCUUCUUGUGAUAAAAGUGUCAUAAAUAACUAAUAAUUGUACAAUUAUUUUUACUUAUGAUAAUUUGUAUAAAAUAAAUACUUUAAUUAUUUCACUUUUGUCCCAAUUUUGCCAAUCUUUUACGUGAUCUUUUUUUUUGUCUUCCUUCAUUUUUGUUUUUAUUUUUUUGUGUGUUUAUUUUGACUUCAAUUCAUGAAAAAAAAAGCUUAGAGUGAAAUAAAUCUUUUCACUGUGUCUCUUUUU